AUGUACAUGAUUAAAUCUGAGGAAAAAAAGGUGAUAGCUUUUCUUUUUUUCUCUCUCUCUCUCUAUACCGCGUCUUUAUACGGCUUGUCUUUUUGUCUGUCAGAUAACAGAAGAUACCCGACAGGAAUCUACGAGUCACAAAUUAUUUAUUCUCUCUUGUUUUCUUUUCUUUCUCUCUCUCGUUUUCCUCUCUCUCUCUCUCUCUCGUUUUCCUCUCUCUCUCUCUCGUUUUCCUCUCUCGUUUUCCUCUCUCUCUCUCUCUCGUUUUCCUCUCUCUCUCUCUCGUUUUCCUCUCUCUCUCUCUCGUUUUCGUCUCUCUUUCUCUCGUUUUCGUCUCUCUCUCUCUUUCGUUUUCCUCUCUCUCUUUCGUUUUCCUCUCUCUCUUUCGUUUUCCUCUCUCUCUUUCGUUUUCCUCUCUCUCUUUCGUUUUCCUCUCUCUCUCUCUCUUUCGUUUUCUUUUCUCUCUCUCUCUCUCGUUUUCUUUUCUCUCUCUCUCUCUCGUUUUCUUUUCUCUCUCUCUCUCGUUUUCUUUUCUCUCUCUCUCUCGUUUUCUUUUCUCUCUCUCUCUCUUUUCUUUUCUCUCUCUCUCAUUUUCUUUCUCUCUCUCUCUCUCUCUUUCUCUCUCUCUCUCUCAUUUUCUUUUCUCUCUCUCUCUCAUUUUCUUUCUCUCUCUCUCUCUCUCGUUUUCUUUUCUCUCUCUCUCUCUCUCUCUCUUUUUCUUUUCUCUCUCUCUCUCUCUCUUUUUACUUUUCUCUCUCUCUCUCUCUCUUUUUACUUUUCUCUCUCUCUCUCUCUCUUUUUCUUCUCUCUCUCUCUCUGGUUUUCUUUUCUCUCUCUCUCUCUCUCUCUCUUUUUUUUUCUCUCUCUCUCUCUCUCUCUGGUUUUCUUUUCUCUCUCUCUCUCUCUCUCUCUGGUUUUCUUUUCUCUCUCUCUCUCUCUCUCUUUUUUUCUCUUCUCUCUCUCUCUCUCUCUCUCUCUCUCUGGUUUUCUUUUCUCUCUCUCUCUCUCUCUUUUCUCUCUCACUCUCUCUCUGGUUUUCUUUUCUCUCUCUCUCUCUCUGGUUUUCUUUUCUCUCUCUCUCUCUCUCUGGUUUUCUUUUCUCUCUCUCUCUCUCUCUGGUUUUCUUUUCUCUCUCUCUCUCUCUCUGGUUUUCUUUUCUCUCCUCUCUCUCUGGUUUUCUUUUCUCUCUCACUCUCUCUCUGGUUUUCUUUUCUCUCUCCUCUCUCUCUGGUUUUCUUUUCUCUCUCUCUCUCUCUGGUUUUCUUUUCUCUCUCUCUCUCUCUCUGGUUUUCUUUUCUCUCUCACUCUCUCUCUGGUUUUCUUUCUCUCUCACUCUCUCUCUGGUUUUCUUUUCUCUCUCACUCUCUCUCUGGUUUUCUUUUCUCUCUCACUCUCUCUCUGGUUUUCUUUUCUCUCUCACUCUCUCUCUGGUUUUCUUUUCUCUCUCACUCUCUCUCUGGUUUUCUUUUCUCUCUCACUCUCUCUCUGGUUUUCUUUUCUCUCUCUCUCUCUGGUUUUCUUUUCUCUCUCUCUCUCUCUCUCUGGUUUUCUUUUCUCUCUCACUCUCUCUCUGGUUUUCUUUUCUCUCUCACUCUCUCUCUGGUUUUCUUUUCUCUCUCCUCUCUCUCUCUGGUUUUCUUUUCUCUCUCACUCUCUCUCUCUGGUUUUCUUUUCUCUCUCACUCUCUCUCUCUGGUUUUCUUUUCUCUCUCACUCUCUCUCUCUGGUUUUCUUUUCUCUCUCACUCUCUCUCUGGUUUUCUUUUCUCUCUCACUCUCUCUCUCUUUUCUUCUCUCUCCUCUCUCUCUCUCUCUGGUUUUCUUUUCUCUCUCACUCUCUCUCUGGUUUUCUUUUCUCUCUCACUCUCUCUCUGGUUUUCUUUUCUCUCUCACUCUCUCUCUGGUUUUCUUUUCUCUCUCACUCUCUCUCUGGUUUUCUUUUCUCUCUCCUCUCUCUCUGGUUUUCUUUUCUCUCUCACUCUCUCUCUCUGGUUUUCUUUUCUCUCUCACUCUCUCUCUGGUUUUCUUUUCUCUCUCACUCUCUCUCUGUGAUUUCUUCUUUUUUUUUUCUGCCUUUUCUUUUCAUCGCCUUUUAUCCUCUUCCUUCCUUUCUUUUGUUUUCUCUCUCUCUACUUUUUGUCCUUUUCAUUUUCUCUCUCUCUACUUUUUGUCCUUUUCAUUUUCUCUCUCUCUACUUUUUGUCCUUUUCAUUUUCUCUCUCUCUACUUUUUGUCCUUUUCAUUUUCUCUCUCUCUACUUUUUGUCCUUUUCAUUUUCUCUCUCUCUUUUUUUUUUCAUUUUUCUCUAUUUUGUCUUUUCUUUUCUUUUUUUUUGUCCUUUUCAUUUUCUCUCUCUCUCUACUUUUGUCCUUUUCAUUUUUUCUCUCUCUCUUUUCUCUCUCUUUUUUUGUCCUUUUUCAUUUUCUCUCUCUCUUUUUUGUCCUUUUUCAUUUUCUCUCUCUCUACUUUUUGUCCUUUUCAUUUUCUCUCUCUCUACUUUUUGUCCUUUUCAUUUUCUCUCUCUCUACUUUUUGUCCUUUUCAUUUUCUCUCUCUCUUUUCUCCUUUUCAUUUUCUCUUUUUUUCUUUUUCCUUUUCUCUUUCUCUCUCUUUUUUUCUUUGUCCUUUUCAUUUUCUCUCUCUCUCUCUUUUUCUUUUGUCCUUUUCAUUUUCUCUCUCUCUCUUUUUUUCUUUUGUCCUUUUCAUUUUCUCUCUCUCUCUCUCUUUUUUCUUUGUCCUUUUCAUUUCUCUCUCUCUCUUUUUUGUCCUUUUUUUUUGUCCUUUUCAUUUUCUCUCUCUCUCUCUCUUUUUCUUUUGUCCUUUUCAUUUUCUCUCUCUCUCUCUCUUUUUCUUUUGUCCUUUUCAUUUUCUCUCUCUCUCUCUCUUUUUCUUUUGUCCUUUUCAUUUUCUCUCUCUCUCUCUCUUUCUCUUUGUCCUUUUCCUUUUCUCUCUCUCUCUCUCUCUUUUUGUCCUUUUUUUCAUUUCUCUCUCUUUUCUCUCUCUCUCUUUGUCCUUUUCAUUUUCUCUCUCUCUCUCUCUUUUGUCCUUUUCAUUUUCUCUCUCUCUCUCUUUUGUCCUUUUCAUUUUCUCUCUCUCUCUCUUUUGUCCUUUUCAUUUUCUUUUGUCCUUUUCAUCUUAUCUCUCUCUUUACCUUUUUUGUCUAUCGUUAUCUUUUGUCGGCCCAUGUGUGUGUCUUUCUCUUGUGGGCGUGUGGACUUCUAUCUCUGUUGGGUGCGUAUCUCUCUCCAUUUCUGCCUGUAUGUGCGUCUCUCUCCCCCCCCAUAGUCUGUUUCUCUCUCUCCCCCCCAUGGUCUGUUUUUCUCCUCUCUCUCCCCCCCAUGGUCUGUUUUUCUCCUCUCUCUCCCCCCCAUGGUCUGUUUUUCUCUCUCUCUCCCCCCCAUGGUCUGUUUUUCUCUCUCUCCCCCCAUGGUCUGUUUUCUCUCUCUCUCCCCCCCAUGGUCUGUUUUUCUCUCUCUCUCUCCCCCCAUGGUCUGUUUUUCUCUCUCUCUCCCCCCAUGGUCUGUUUUUCUCUCUCUCUCUCUCCCCCAUGGUCUCUCUCCCCCCCCCCAUGGUCUGUUUUUCUCUCUCUCUCCCCCCCAUGGUCUGUUUUUUCUCUCUCUCCCCCAUGGUCUGUUUUUCUCUCUCUCCCCCCCCAUGGUCUGUUUUUCUCUCUCUCUCCCCCCCAUGGUCUGUUUUUCUCUCUCUCUCCCCCCCAUGGUCUGUUUUUCUCUCUCUCUCCCCCCAUGGUCUGUUUUUCUCUCUCUCUCUCCCCCCCAUGGUCUGUUUUUCUCUCUCUCUCCCCCAUGGUCUGUUUUUCUCUCUCCCCCCCCAUGGUCUGUUUUUUUUCUCUCUCCCCCCAUGGUCUGUUUUUUUCUCUCUCUCUCCCCAUGGUCUGUUUUUUCUCUCUCUCUCUCCCCCCAUGGUCUGUUUUUUUUCUCUCUCUCUCCCCCCAUGGUCUGUUUUUUCUCUCUCUCUCUCUCCCCCAUGGUCUGUUUUUUUCUCUCUCUCUCUCCCCCCCCAUGGUCUGUUUUUUCUCUCUUUCUGUCUCUCUUUCUCUGUCUCUCUUUCUCUGUCUCUGUUUUCUGUCUCUCUUUCUCUGUCUCUCUUUUCUCUGUCUCUCUUUCUCUGUCUCUCUUUCUCUCUCUCUCUCUCUCUUCUCUUUCUCUCUUUCUCUUUCUCUUUCUCUCUCUUUCUCUCUCUUUCUCUCUUCUCUCUCUCUCUCUCUUUCUCUCUCUCUCUCUCUCUUUCUCUCUCUCUCAUGGUCUGUUUUUUCUCUCUCUCUCUCUCUCAUGGUCUGUUUUUUCUCUCUCUCUCUCUCUUUCUCUCGUCUUGUCUGUGGAACAACUGCCUUCCAUUUUUUUUUUCCUUCUUUUUGUCUUCGUCUUUCGCCAUUGUGCCUUUGCUUCUCCCUGUUCUAUUAACUUGGUCUGUUCCCGCCCGACAAUGCGUGCCUCCCUUCCUCGUCUCUUAUUGUAUUUUCUUUACUCUUCCUUGCUCUCUUAGCAACCCUUUCAUACCGCAUCUUUUUUUUCUCUUACCUCUGAACUUUUUUAUUGAUGCAUUUUUCUUUUUCAUUCAUUUUUUCUUUUUCAAUCAUUUCUUCUCAUUCAUUUUUUUCUUCUACCCUUAUUUCAUUCAUUUUUUUCUUCUACCCUUAUUUCAUUCAUUUUUUUCUUCUACCCUUAUUUCAUUCAUUUUUUUCUUCUACCCUUAUUUCGUUCAUUUUUUCCUUCUACCCUUAUUUCGUUCAUUUUUUCCUUCUACCCUUAUUUCGUUCAUUUUUUUCCUUCUACCCUUAUUUCGUUCAUUUUUUUCCUUCUACCCUUAUUUCGUUCAUUUUUCGUUCAUUCUUCUUUCUAUUACAUUUUCAUUGAUAAUCUCUUUUUCUCCCGUUGUACAGACAUUUUUUUCAUUUCUCAUCUUUUUUUCUUCACCUGCUUCUUUAUUUUCUUCCACCCGCAACUUCGUCGUCCGUUUUCCUCCCACCCGCCUCAUCUACCCUUU